AUGGACUCCAAUGACGAGGAGAUGGUCGUGGCUCUACUAGAGGAAGAUACCGAAGUUGCUGUUGUUGCCAUUGAUGAUGACGAGCAUAUAAAGAUCCUAACUUGCCUCCUAUCCAGGUACAUUGAGGAUUCGAAGCUGCGACGUGUAGGCUCGAGGCCGGGAUGGCGCAAGAGCAAGCCGAGGCAGAGGCUAGAGGGCAACUUCAUGUUUUACAUCAGCUACUUCACCGAUGAUCCAUUGCACGACGAAGUGUCAUUUUGGAGACGUUUUAGGAUGAACCGGAAGCUAUUUCUGGAUAUUGUGUUGGUUGUUAGAGAGUAUGACACAUGCUUCGUUUGCAAGGAAGAUUGUGCUGGCACGGUUGGUUUUUCCUCGAUCCCUAAGUGCAUAAUUGCUUUGUGGAUGCUUUCCAAUGAAGCUCCUGGUGAUACACCCGAUGACUGCAUGCGCAUGGCAGAGUCAACUACUAUUGAGUGUAUGUAUCGGUUCUGUAGGGAAGUGGUCGCAGUGUUCAGAGAACUGUACUUGAGGACACCCAAUGCUGAAGACACAACCCGGACCAUGACAUAA